GCCUGUGCCGCUCGGUCAUGGUAUCUGGACUGGGAAGAAUUAGCAUCCUUAUCCAUGCGCGGGACGUUUGAUUCCCAUGGAUUUCUCAGAAAACUUGCCUUCUUUUGGGCUAUCAAUGGUGAUCAGCCUUUUCAUUAUUGGAGGGGUUCCAUUAAACGCCUGCAUUCCCUUAACCAACAUAAACACAAGAAGCCCAUUGCUUUGUAUAAGCGAAAGACGAAGAGGCCUGUCAAAUCUGUCGACAGGGAAGACAUCGAACCCAACGCGUAUAUGAGGGAUACUGUGGGGAAAAUAUACGGACUCCUCAAGUUUUCUUCGUGGGAUUUUGCUAAGGAGGAGCUAGAGAGGUUCCCCAUAAGAUGGGAUUCUUACACAGUCAAUAAAGUUCUGAAAACCCACCCACCGAUGGAAAAAGCCUGGUUGUUCUUCAACUGGGUUUCAAGGUUAAAGGGAUUCAAGCACGACCAUUUUACUUACACGACGAUGUUGGAUAUUUUUGGAGAAGCUGGGAGGAUUUCUUCGAUGAAGUAUGUUUUCAAGCAGAUGCAGGAGAAGGGAUUGAAGAUAGAUGCUGUGACUUACACUUCGCUAAUGCAUUGGCUUUCUAUUUCUGGGGAUGUUGAUGGGGCAAUGAAGGUGUGGGAAGAAAUGAAGGCUAAUGGCUGCUUGCCCACUGUUGUUUCCUAUACUGCCUACAUGAAGCUUCUGUUUGAUUAUAGGAAAGCGAAGGAGGCUACGAAUGUUUACAAGGAGAUGCUUCGAUCUGGGUAUUCUCCAAGUUGUCACACUUACACUGUCUUGAUGGUGUAUCUUGUGGAAUCUGGAAAAUACAAAGAAGCCCUUGAGAUUUUUAGCAAAAUGCAAGAAGCUGGGGUACUACCUGAUAAGGCUGCAUGCAAUAUAUUGGUUGAGAAAUUCUCUAAAGUAGGGGAGACAAAGGCUUUAACUUUAAUCCUCCAGUAUAUGAAAGAAAACCACCUUGUUCUUCGUUACCCUGUAUAUCUGGAAGCACUUGAAGCCUUAAAAUUUGCUGGCGAGAGUAGUGCCCUUCUCAGGCAAGUUAAUCCGCAUUUUUCUAUAGUCGUCAAGGAGGAGGUAAGUGAGGUUAUACCAACGGCUUCUGAUGUUCAUUUUUGUAUAGACAGUGGGCUUUUACUGAUUUUCUUGAAAAAGCGAAAUCUUGUUGCAAUUGACCGCCUGCUUACGGGGAUAAUUGAUAAGAAUGUACAGCUGGAUUCUGCAAUUAUCUCAAGCAUAGUUGAGGCAAAUUGCGAUCGUAGUAGACGCAGUGGUGCUUUGUUGGCCUUCAAGUGUAGCGUAAGAAUGGACAUUAUAAUGGAGAGAAAUGCAUAUAUUUCCUUGAUCGGCAUAUUGAUCAGAUCCAGUUCAUUUUUAAAGGUGGUGGAGAUUGUUGAGGCCAUGCUUAGGGCUGGACAAUCUCCUGGAACAUAUCUAAGUGCACUGUUAAUCUAUAGGCUUGGUUUUGCUAGAAGAGCUGUAUGUGCUGCAAAAAUAUUUGAUCUUUUGCCUGAUGAUCAUAAGAGCACAGCUACUUUCACUGCUUUGAUUGGCGUUUAUUUCACUCUGGGAAAUGCUGACAAGGGACUUAAAAUAUUCAAAACCAUGCUAGAGAAAGGAAUCCGUCCUACACUCAGCACGUACAAUGUCCUCUUAGCUGGUCUUGCAAAUAGUGGUAGAACUUCUGAAGUAGAGGUCUACAGGAAAGAAAAGAAAAACCUGCAGCUGGAUAGUCGUGAUCGGGCAACAAUCUCCCUGGAGGAAAAGAUCUGCGAUCUUCUAUUUGCUGGGGUUGUGGUGUCUUGACACCUAAUUUGGGACCCUGGAAAUUCCCAUAUUCAUUGUAUGCUGAGGAGAAUUUCUAAUGCCAUUCAGGGCAGAUGACAAACAUGAAUGUUUCUCCUUUCAACAUCCCGAAAUUGUACAAGGAUAAAGGGCAUUAAUCCAUUGAUCCACAGGGUUGAGGUUCUCAUAUCUAGAUACCGUUGGAAGGAAGUGGAACUGGCAGAUAUGGCUCCCAUUGGAAGACAAGGAUUGUAUUGUAUGACAUUCUUUUAAGACAGAUGUGAUGUAUAUAGUACAUUCAUGUGAUAAUUCAACUUAUUUUUAUGGUCAACAAUACAAAUGUUUUCCAAGA